GAAGCCCGCUGCGGUGUGCGUCAAGUCGCGUUCGGUUGUUGCUGUCGAGGGUUUGAACAGUCACCGAACGAACCCAUUGACAACCACCACCAACCAUUGCUUGCAUACCUGUCGCAGCUCAAACGAAAAUGCCCGCAGACGCUGCACCCCCACAAGACGUCAAGCGCAAAGCCGCGCGCGAAGUUAUCGACAUCCUCCACGAGAUUGCGACACUGCUCAACACUAAGCUCGACCGCCAACAGCUUUCUUACUGCGUAUCUCUCAUCGAAAAUGGCGCAAAUCCCGAGGCCUUAGCCAACGUCAUCCGCGAACUGCGCGAAGAAUACGGCACCGACUCGGUCGACGGCGGCGCAGAAGAGCCUGGCGCUCGUUGAGCUAGCCUGCAGUCACGAUAUCAUUGACUAGACCUCGAUCUCGAUACGGCUCGACUUGCAGCAGAUCCGGGACCGCUCGCCGCCAGACAUCUAUCUGGAACUCCGCUUGCGCAGACCUGGCUACAAUUGGCGAGCUUGCGAGCACAUCGUCUCUUAUCGGAAGCGUGCUUACCCCAGAAGUGAGGGCACAUGCACACUAUAAUGCGGGGCACUAUGCGCCAACCGCCAAGCGUGAAUGCAGUCCAACGACGUCGCGCAUUGUUAUCAGGCCUCAGAAUGACGCGAUAAAGGUGUGAAGGAACCAGGCCGACAGGUCGGGCGAGCGCCAGGUCGCUGGGUGAGUGUCAUGCAUGCUCACACUUCCAUCUCGCACAAAACAUGUUGGUAGUGAGUAGUGAAGUAGUAAUUAGUAUGUAGUAUCUCUAGUAUAGCUGUAAAUGCGAUGUAGCGAGGGUA